UUUACAAAACUCAAUAUAUAUAUAUAGGAGGCUUCUUCUAUUAGCUUUUGGGAAAAGAAAGAAAGAAAUACAUUGUUUUUGUUGGGCAAGGGUAUUUUUUCUUUUCACUUUAAUUUAUAUAUAUAUGGAAGAGAUUUGCAUAAGAGAUCUGGUUGUGGUGGGAGUUAUUUCAUGGUCAGUAGGUUUUGUGUUGAUAAGGAAAACAUUUCCAAAUCGUUCAUUUGAGUUCUCUAAUCGUCUUGUUUCUACUAUUCAUGCAAUUGUGGCUGUUACUUUAGCUUCCCUCUCCGUUCAAGAUUGGAAAUGUCCACUUUGUCCAAUGGCUUCAACUUCUUCUCCUAAACAGAUGAGAACACUAGCAAUCAGCCUCUCUUAUCUCAUAUAUGAUCUGAUUUGUUGUCUCUUUGACAAAAAGAUUAGUAUUGACAAUUCCGUCCACCAUUUGGUCAGCAUUAUUGGAAUAGGAGCUGGCCUUGCCUAUGCUAAAUGUGGAUCAGAAAUGGUUGCAGCGUUAUGGUUAACAGAGAUCUCCAGCCCUUUUCUACACCUGAGAGAAGUACUCAAAGAACUUGGAUACAGAAAUACCGACCUGAAUUUAGUAGCUGAUAUAUCGUUUGCGGUCAUAUUCACAAUUGCCAGGAUGGUAGGUGGGCCCUAUCUCGCUUACGUCACUCUUACCUCAAAAAAUCCUCUUAUCAUACAGGUCAUGGCCGUAGGACUACAGCUGGUGAGCGCCUUUUGGUUCUACAAGAUUGCAAGAAUGAUUACUUAUAAAUUGAAACAGAGAACAACAAAUCCUGAAAAAGUUGCUUAAAAAUAUAAACCUUGUGUUGUGUAAUAUUAUCUUCUGUUGGAGAAGCACUUAUUGUUUAUUUAUUUUUUGUAGCAAAAAAACGAAGCAUAAAAAUGAUUUAUGGAAUGAAUUUUAAUGAAGAAGAGAAAAACAGAAUUAUUUCAGAAAUAUAUUAAAAAUAUAAAAA